AUGGCUGAACAAAAGCAUAUACUGUGUUUAUUGCUUUGGAUGUUUAUUUUAAAGGUCGCAUCUGGGAAGAUAACUUUCUUCAUUCACAUAGAUGAAGUAAAGAGUCCAGGUAAUAAACUUCACGGAGGAAGAUGUUGUCAGGGUGUGGCGGGUACCCAGUGUAACAUGUUGUGUAAACCCGUACUUACCGUUUGUCUUAAAGACGCUAAGCACUCCUGUGUGACAAGUUUUACCACAACGUUAGACAUGGGACAACAAAACGUCAUUUAUGGUUCUAAAGUCGGGAAUACAACCAACCCUCAGUUUUUAGAAGUUGAUUCUUGGAAAAAAUAUUUGGACAAGAUCUCAGUGAGAGUGGUAGAUAUACAAAACUCCUCUACACCAACCAUCUACCAAGCAGAAUUCGCCGACUACAGUCUUCAAACAGGAAACAACAUACUUUCACAACAUUGGCGACAGAAAAAAUUGACCGCAAGUUUUUUGUCGGAUAAAAAUUCAUUUUCUAUCCAGAUAACCUACAAGGCCUACUGCUCUGAGGGUUACUAUGGAUCAGACUGUACAGAUCAUUGUCCUGGUAAUCCACGGAAGUGUGUCGUCAACGGUCAUAAAUACUGUAAAAUGGGAUGGGAUGGAAUUGAUUGUGAUGAAGAUAUCAAUGAAUGUACUUCUCAAAAGUUUUGUGGCUAUGGUACCUGUACAAACACAGCUGGUAGUUUUCAUUGUGCCUGUCCUUCUUCUGUUUACGGUCUGAAAUGUCAGCUGGAUGAGGACGAAUGUCUUUUACAACCAUGUAAUGGAGGGGAUUGUGUCAAUAGCAAGGGAAGUUAUACGUGUAAUUGUAAAAGAGGAACAACUGGCAAAAACUGCGAAUCGCUGACUUCUCACCAAUGUAAUGAUAAUACGUGUAAUACACAUGGGCAUUGUCAUGUUCAGCAUAGACAGGCUGUGUGUACGUGCAACAAUAAAUAUACCGGUCCUGACUGUUCCAUAAGAAAUCUUUGUGCUCACAAUCAGUGUCAGAAUGGUGCUACAUGUGUGAUAACAGGGACAAAUUACACGUGUCAUUGUGCCAAUGGUUUCAUAGGAGAACUAUGUGAUAAAGUUGAUUAUUGUGCAACGGAUCCCUGCAAAAAUUCAGGAUCUUGUACUAAUACAGCUUCUGGAUAUAAUUGUUCAUGCACUGGUCUUUUCAUAGGACAGAAUUGUAGCACGUACGAUUACUGUUUUGGACAGUACUGUAAUAACCGAGGACAAUGUCAAAAUAGACCGAACGGUUACUCUUGUCAGUGUAGGUCGCAGUAUCUUGGUAAAAACUGUGAACAGAACAAUCAUUGUCAUGGUAAUCCAUGUAAAAACGGGAGAUGCACAAAUUCAAACACUAGCUAUACCUGUACUUGCAAUAGAGGAUUUACCGGAAAAAAUUGUGACAAAGUUGAUUACUGUAACGGAAAGAACUGUAACGGACAUGGACAAUGUCAGAACGGUCAGCAUAGUUACACUUGUAACUGUAAUCCUGGUUUCCUAGGAAGUAACUGUGAAUACGACUAUUGCUUCAAUAAUACCUGUAAAAAUGGUGCUACUUGUCACAGUGGAAAUUCUAAUUAUACAUGUUCAUGUAAACCUGAAUAUAAAGGAACUCUUUGUGAAACUCGUAAUUACUGUCACGGACAGACAUGUAGCGGUCAUGGGACAUGUCAUAAUGGACAAAGUAGAUACACUUGUGCCUGCCAAACUAAUUAUCGAGGAAAUAAUUGUGAACUGAGAGAUUACUGUCAUAGUAAUCCAUGCAGACAUGGAAAUUGUACCAACACAAACACAGGAUAUAAAUGUUCUUGUAACGGAGGGUAUUUAGGAAAGAAUUGUGAUGUAAUAGAUUACUGUUAUAACAAGCACUGCUCUAACCAUGGUACCUGUCACAUCAGGGGGAAUACUUACAAUUGUACUUGUAAUAAUGGAUUUAUAGGAAAAGACUGUCAGACCCGGGAUUAUUGUUAUAACAAGCACUGUUCUAACCACGGUACUUGUCAAAACAGACAUGAUUCUUACACGUGUCAAUGUAGGGCUGGAUACCACGGUAAAGACUGUGACCAAACUUAUUGUUCUCAUCAUCAGUGUCAGAAUGGAGCCUCUUGUGUUAAUGAAGUCUCUAACUAUACGUGUAAAUGUGUCCCAGGUUUUGAAGGUUUCUUCUGCCAAACACGUGAUUAUUGUUACCAUCAGACCUGUAGUGGACAUGGCACCUGCCAUAAUGGUCAACAUAAGUACACUUGUACUUGUAAUCCUGGUUAUUUAGGAAGUGAUUGUCAACAUGAUUAUUGUUUCAGUAACCCAUGUAAAAAUCAUGGUACCUGUAAAAACGGAAAAACAAACUAUACAUGCUCUUGUCCUGUUGAUUAUAUGGGACGUCAUUGUGAAAUACGUAAUUAUUGCCAUGGACACAGCUGCAGUGGACAUGGAACUUGUCAAAAUGAGGGACAUGGUUACACUUGUCAAUGUAGGUCGCAGUACCUUGGUAAGAACUGUGAACUGAAUAAUUAUUGUCAUAGUAACCCAUGUAUACACGGGAACUGUUCAAAUUUAAGCACUAGAUAUAAUUGUUCUUGCCUGAGAGGAUUUACCGGUACAAAGUGUGAUAAAGUGGAUUACUGUCACGGAAAGAACUGUAAUGGACAUGGACAAUGUCAGAACGGUCAGCAUAAUUACACUUGUAAUUGUUAUCCUGGUUUCCUAGGAAGGAACUGUGAAUACGAUUAUUGCUUUAAUAAUACCUGUCAAAAUGGUGCUACUUGUCAAAGUGGAAAUUCUAAUUAUACAUGUUUGUGUAAAUCUGGUUACAAAGGAACUCAUUGUGAAACACGCAAUUAUUGCCAAGGACAGAGAUGUAGCGGACACGGGACGUGUAAUAACGGACCAAGUAGAUAUACUUGUGACUGUCAAUCUGAUUACCGCGGAAAUGAUUGUGAACUAAAAAAUUACUGUCAUAGUAAUCCAUGUAUACAUGGACAAUGCACCAACACAAACACGGGAUAUACCUGCUCUUGUAAUGGUGGGUAUCUAGGGACAAACUGUGAUGCAAUAGAUUACUGUUAUAAUAAACACUGUUCAAAUCAUGGUACCUGCCAGAACGGACGAAAUAAUUACACCUGCACUUGUAACCGUGGAUUUCUGGGAAAAGACUGUGAAACGCAGAAUUAUUGUUAUAAUAAUCUUUGUUCUAACCACGUAACCCAUGUAAAAAUCAUGGUACCUGUAAAAACGGAAAAACAAACUAUACAUGCUCUUGUCCUGUUGAUUAUAUGGGACGUCAUUGUGAAAUACGUAAUUAUUGCCAUGGACAAAUCUGCAGUGGACAUGGAACUUGUCAAAAUGGAGAACAUGGUUACUCUUGUCAAUGUAGGUCGCAGUACCUUGUGUGAUAAAGUGGAUUACUGUCACGGAAAGAACUGUAAUGGAUAUGGACAAUGUCAGAACGGUCAGCAUAAUUACACUUGUAACUGUAAUCCUGGUUAUCUAGGAAGUAACUGUGAAUACGAUUAUUGCUUCAAUAAUACCUGUCAAAAUGGUGCUACUUGUCAAAGUGGAAAUUCUAAUUAUGCAUGUUUGUGUAAAUCUGGUUACAAAGGAACUCAUUGUGAAACACGCAAUUAUUGCCAAGGACAGAGAUGUAGUGGACAUGGGACGUGUAAUAACGGACCAAGUAAAUAUACUUGUGUCUGUCAACCUGAUUACCGCGGAAAUGAUUGUGAACUAAAAAAUUACUGUCAUAGUAAUCCAUGUAUACAUGGACAAUGCACCAACACAAACACGGGAUAUACCUGCUCUUGUAAUGGUGGGUAUCUAGGGACAAACUGUGAUGCAAUAGAUUACUGUUAUAAUAAACACUGUUCAAAUCAUGGUACCUGCCAGAACGGACGAAAUAAUUACACCUGCACUUGUAACCGUGGAUUUCUGGGAAAAGACUGUGAAACGCAGAAUUAUUGUUAUAAUAAUCUUUGUUCUAACCACGGUACUUGUCAAAACGGACAGAACUCCUACACGUGUCAAUGUAAGGCUGGGUACCUAGGCUCCAGUUGUGAAGUUGUUGAUCAUUGUUUCCUCAGCAACUGUACCAAUGGAGGAACGUGUAUUAAUAAAGCUGAGGGAUACUCCUGUUCCUGUUCCUCCGCCUACACCGGUACUUAUUGCGAAGAAAGGAAUUUCUGUGACACACAAAGAUGUAAUAAUAAGGGAACUUGUCAAAACUUAGACGAUAAUUAUAAAUGUAACUGUAAUACAGAAUAUUACGGUCGGAAUUGCAAGAAGAGAAACUAUUGCCACAAACACUUGUGCAAUAGCCGUGGAAAUUGUAGCAAUCUCGACAAUGGCUAUGUAUGUCAUUGUGAACUUGGAUUCAAUGGAACUGAUUGCGAGGAAAUAGACUACUGUUUCCAUAAACCUUGCCAUAAUGGAGGAGUUUGUCAUCAGCAAGAAGAUGGUUACAUUUGCCAUUGUGCGCCAGGUUUCCAAGGAAGAAACUGUACAGACAGAAAUCCAUGUAUGGAUCAUACGUGCAGUGGCCAUGGCAGCUGUACUAUAAAUAAUGGUGGUUACAGAUGUAAAUGUUAUGGUGGAUACUCCGGAAAAGAUUGUCAAGAUCAGGAUUUUUGUUACCAGAUAGAUUGCAAUGGAAAUGGCACCUGUCAUAAUACAUCAAAUGACUUUGAUUGUAAAUGUAAUCCUGGUUUUAAGGGACUAGAAAUCCUUGCCAAAAUGGAGGGACAUGUCAUAAUGGAACUUCCAAUUACUACUGCGUUUGUAAAAAUGGCUUUACUGGGGAGAAAUGUGAAACUCGGGAUCUUUGCUUUCUUCAAAAUUGUAAUAAUAGAGGCACAUGCAAGAUGA